AUGUUCCCGAGGUCAACAUUGGAAAAACAUGCGAAGCGAGAGACAGCUGCGUUCAAAAACAGGUACUGCUUAGCAGCCCCGCCGUGGAUAUACCCACUGAUCGAAAUAGGAUGUCUUCCGUGUCGACAAAAGCAUAACAAGUGCGAAGAGCAACACCCAACAUGUUCUUUCUGCGCAUCGAGAGAUAUAAAAUGCAUAUAUCCGUCCGGAUUGAAAUGGGCUCAGCCCACAAAGUCAAUGGAAACAAGACACAAGCCUCGUGCUAAACAAAAUCGAGCCACGGAACAAAGGUUGAUCAGACAACCCUCUGCACUUUUUGCAAGCACGCGCUUUGAAUCCGCAGAAGAAAGAUCAGCAUGGGAAUACUAUGUGAGGAUGGUCUCAUCAAAUGUACCAGCUAUGGAUGGCCCAGAUAACCCCUAUCGCCAACUUUCAAUACCGGCACUGUCAUCACCAAUCCUGCUCGAGACCAUCGUCUGCAUAUCGACAGAGCACAUGCUGAACUUCGGCCUCGCAAGCAUUGAUCUUGCAGCCAAACGUCAGCAGAGAAUGCUGAGAACUCUUGGCCAAAAGCUCCUCACCCUCGAAAGUACCUCGAAUCCAGACACAAUCGUCAUCGAGAAGCCUGAGCGAGAGGCUCUCCUGAUAGCUGUCGUUUUACAAGGGGUAGUGGUGGCGCAAUCCGCAGACGGCGUGCUAGAACCACACGUCAAAUGCGCAUCCUGGCUCAUGCAAGCACUUGGCUAUUUCGAGAUCAUACCACAGAAUCCAAUUGCGCGCAUGGCCGUCCAACGGUAUGGAAUGGUGGAUGUGAUGCUUGCCAUCUCUCGGCAGCGAAGACCGUACGCGCCUCAACAUUUCAUCCUCAGCCAACCCAACGCUCAUCUUUGGGAUGAAACCGAGCCAUCGUUUCAUAAGAUGACGGGGUGUCCACAGCCGCUGAUGUGUUUCCUCGUCCGAAUCGCACACCUAGCAUGCGACGUCACCGAGAGGCCUAGUGGGGAUAUUCUCAGCGAAGCAUUCCGACUUGACACCGAGCUUCGGUCGUGGGGAGCUAGAUACACGGGGAUUCUACCCAGUUGUGAUCGUACCCCAUUGGAUAUUCUGACAGAAUGCUUCUACUGGACUGCACAUCUCUUACUAGCGCGUCGUGUCUUCCAAGAUCAAACGUGCUCGCCCCGCGUUCAGUAUCUGGUCCAUGUGUGUUUUCGAUUGAUGGAUCAUCUCGCGACGGGAUGUGGGCCCGAUUCUUCCCUUCCACAACCCUUCUAUCUUGCUGCGCGGGAGGCUGUUUCGGCCGAAGAUCGGAUCUGGGUGCGACAGAAACAUGAGUCCAUGACGGCGUUUUAUCGUGAGCAGCAGCGGAAUGCGGCUAUGGAGUUGAUCGAGCGGAUCUGGGAGACGACUGAUGCGCUUAGGCAGCUGGAGCGGGGAUCGGGCUUGGAAGAGGGGCUCUCUCUUGCGGAUGGGGCUAUUCGAACAUUUGAUCGAGAGGCAGAUUUCUUUAUAUUCUAA